AUGAACUUUUCGGCUGAUUCUUCAAUUAAUCAACAUUAUAAAUCAUAUUCGUAUGAUAUUGGUUCUUUAAAAAGUAUUCACUCAAUUGAAACAUCAAUUGAUGAUUCUCAAAUGACACAAAAUCGUCCAAGUAUUGAUGAAGAAGAAAGAUCUUUUAUUGAUUCAACAUCCAAUGAUAAUCGAAAUGAACCAACAACAUUACAAAAAUUAGAUAAUAUUUACGAAUCAAAUGCUAUUAUACCAAUAAUGAAUAAGAUUCGUGCAGAUCACAAUUUAGAAAUACCAUUCGUAUCAAUAAACCGGAUAUUUCGUUCAAGUUAUUCAGAGAAGAGCAAAAGGUUAUUUAAUGAUUUCGAACAAUAUCUUAUUGAAAAUUACAAAGAUCGAUGGACAAAACAAAACAAUACAAUUUUAGUAUCGAUGAAACCGCAACAACUUGAAUUCGAUAUACUCGGCUUCGUAUUCGAACAUAUAAAAGAAGAACGUCGUAUUAUUGAAUCUCCUAAUAUUGAACCAGUUAAGACGACUUCAUCAUGUAAUUAUCUUGGGUCGUUCAAAGCCCAUACCAUUAUUUGUGGUGAAGUGACAACAUUAACUCUCACCUUCAACAACAAUGAUUUAUUAUUACUUGAAAAGAAUAUUUCUUCGAAUUCAUCUAAUCCACAAACAACAAAAGCAAUAUUCAAGCUUUUAAAUAAACUUAUUCACCUUGAACGUUGUGUGGCUUUCAUUCUAAAAUAUUACAAAAAUAUAACAUUUGAACAGAUAAUAGCUGUUUCAUUUGGUUGGCUUGUCGAUGCCCAACGUCAUCGAGCACCUCAACACCUCUAUGACAUGGUUUUUACGCCUUCUUUCUCGUCAAAAGUUCCUCUAUUAUAUAAACUAUAUUUACCUGAUCGUGAUGAUAAAAUAAAACAUAUUUAUUUCAUAUGUACAUUUAAUGAUCCAUGGAUAUGUGAAAGCAAUCUAAGCCUUCAAUCUGAAGCAUUUAAAAGAGUUAAAGCUGAUGCAAAUCAAUCAAUGGAAUCAGUAUCAAAAGAAGAAAUAGUUCUAAUUGAUUGA